UCGCUGUUCACGCUGAUCGUGGUGGGCAACGCGGCCGUGCUCGUCACGCUGCUGACGGGCAAGCGCCGCAAGUCGCGCAUGAACUUCUUCAUCGUGCAGCUCGCGCUCGCAGAUCUGUCGGUGGGGCUGAUCAGCGUGCUGACCGACAUCGUGUGGCGCAUGACCGUCGCCUGGAACGCCGGCAACGCGGCCUGCAAGCUCAUCCGCUUCCUCCAGGCGGUCGUGACGUACUCGUCGACGUACGUGCUGGUGGCGCUCAGCAUAGACCGCUACGACGCCAUCACGCACCCCAUGAACUUCUCCGGCAGCUGGCGGCGCGCGCGGCUGCUGGUGGCGGCGGCGUGGCUGCUGAGCGCCGUCUUCUCGGUGCCCAUCGCCGUCCUCUACCACGAGCGGCCCGUCGAGGGUCGGCUGCAGUGCUGGAUCGACUUCCCGCAGGCGUGGCAGUGGCAGCUGUACAUGACCCUGGUGGCGCUGACGCUGUUCGCGCUGCCCGCCGUCAUCAUCUCGGCCUGCUACACCGUCAUCGUGUCCACCAUCUGGAGCAAGGGCCGGCACAUGGCGCCGCCGCCCCCGUACACCGACGCCAGGACCGGCAGCUGCCGACCGCAUCAGCUGCUGCACCAGCACAGCCACAGCCGGCUGUCGUCGGGGAAGUCCCGCGAUGACGAGGCUGACGGCCGGCGCGCCAGCUCGCGCGGCAUCAUCCCCAAGGCCAAGGUCAAGACCGUCAAGAUGACCUUCGUCAUCGUCUUCAUGUUCGUGGUGUGCUGGAGCCCGUACAUCGUGUUCGACCUGCUGCAGGUGUACGGCCAGGUGCCGCGCACGCAGGCCAACAUCGCAGUCGCGUCCUUCAUACAGAGUCUCGCGCCGCUCAACAGCGCCGCCAACCCCGUCGUCUACUGCCUCUUCUCGAGAUCCGCCUCCAAGGCCAUCAGGAAGGUGCCGCCAUUCCGAUGGCUGCGGUCUCUGUGCUGCCCCAAGGCGGCUGCCGCCGCCGCCUCCCCUGGAGAACCUCCAGCUCCAGUUGCCGCCCACACCAGCCGCCGGCAGCCUCCCCCACAUUGGACCACUCGCCGACAGACGCACCGCCGCUACAUCGGGGAAGGUCUCCCUGCUCCAGCUGUCGUCUCCAUCGUCUAGGUGGACCACUUUUUCGCCAGCAUCUAGAAAUCAACUCGAGCGGCUUCUUCUAGUCGCCACCUCGCUGUCGAGGCACUGCUGGCUCCAGCUGAAGGCAACGGCGAAGCACUGGGAACGCUGGGCUGAAGCCAGUAUCCAUUUAGGCGAGACGGACGUAUUGUCAUGUGUAUUUUGGAUGUGGAAAGCUGUGGAGGUCAUCCUCUGCUCCACAUUAUGAUUCUAUUUACUGGAGAACGUCAAUGAAAAGUACUUCUCCAGCAUCCACAGAUUACAACUACCCCAAGGCACAGUAGUUGUCGAAUCGGUUCACGAGUACAGAACUUCAUGUUACGAGACCAAACUGUUCAGUUUCCCGAACAGUUUUCUAUCGGGCACGGAACUUGGAUGUAAGAGAUGUACGACCAUAAAGACAUAUUGAUAGAUCUGACGCUGUAGCUGAGAACGUGAGAUUCCAGCAAGGGUGUAUGAAGACUGAAGGCCAAUGUGUUAGGAAUAAAAGACUUCACAAGCUUCUUAUUAGUGGGCAACGGAUCUAGUCUCAUGAACCUCGCUGUGCUAGCAACUAGGAUACAUCUCUUGCAACGGCAGUGGUGAUUCUGAUUGCUAAAGUUACUGGGAAUAACGUUUCAUUCUUUUUAUGAAUUGAGUUAGGAGAAAAAAGCGUAACAACAACAGAAACAGAAAAAUAUUUCUAGAAACUCAAAUCGUCAGAUUGCAUUCGUCGUAAGCGUCGUCGUGCCAGCUGCGGUGACAGAGAUGCGUAACGAAUGCAUGAAGAGUAGAGAAGUGGAAACAUUGUUGUAGACGGUGAUUAUAAGGAAAUUUGAAAGAAUAAGUGACUCAACAAAAGUGACAAGUGUAUUUCUAGUUUCGAAACUCAUAUGAUGUGGAAUGCCCCGUUUAUUGCUAAUCAUGUCCCACCUCGCGUGGAUGAGUUGAUCAAAACAGAAUUACAUGCUACGUGGACAAUUCGUUUGAUUUCAUUAAGUGUUAGUGGAAAACGAAUUAAACGCGCGUCUGGUCACAUUUUUGUACACACGAAACUUCACUCGCUCGCAGGAACUCUGUGUGAGUAAAGGCGACGCUCCACGUCGACUGUCAUAGGCUCUCCUCUCACGGCAAUCAGGGUAAAGGCGCAACAGCCAGAGACACUGGUACCUGAGCUUUUUCAGACCGCCGGAUCGGCGUGCUUUGUCAACGAGCAUAGUUUUCACUACGCCAUUCACAAAAUGCACGAACCUUAACCUCAUUUGGACACUGAAAAAUAUUUAUUUUUUUACCUCACGUGAAACAUUUUCAGCACCACGAGAACUAUUCAUAGAACUAGUGGGCCACAAAAGUAUCUUGAGGUAUACUCCAUUUGGCGUCGUUUAGUGGAUUUGUACAUACGCUACAUUUCCUUCAGUCAGACCAAAUUCUGUUUAACUUAAGCAUACAUACUAGGCCACGCACAUUUAAAUGCGUGUUUACAACAUUCCGGGAUGCUUGUUACAUUUCUUCAUGAUCUCUGAUACUUGUAAUUGUCAUUGUGUUUGUAAUGCUUUCUGAUGCAUUUUUGUUACCUGUA